AUGCUGCCCACCAGCGCCAAGGCCAUCGAGCUUCUCCCGCAGAACCUUCCAGCGGCACCAGCGGCCCCAGAUCCAGCGGCCCCAGUAACAGCAGCAGCAGCCCCCCAAGCCUUAGAAGCCACACCCCCUUCGCACAUUCACCGGCGGGACCAUUCAAACGCCCUAGUCCGGCAAUGGAUCGCAAACAACCUCAAAGACACUUCAUCCCGCGCCACCGCAACGCGCCGCGUCCUGACCUUCCAGCGCAACUACCAAAACGUCUUCUCGGCCGUCAACCCCGCCCCUCUCUACCAAACGCCCCUCUACAACCAAUGGAACAGCAUCGAGCCGCUCGUCACCGACACCAUGGUCGCCCGUGGCGUCGCCGAGAACCGCAUCUGCCACGGGCAGUUCUCGCGCCUGCAUCGACUGACGUGCGGCCACCUGGUUUACGUGGCGGAGGCGGCGGCUUGCGGCGUCAGUUGCGCGGGGGCAGCGCGCAAUAAUUACGCGGGGGUUGGUGCGUCGUUCCAUUGCCGGCUGUGCUUUCGGCGACGCAGCGGCGAGGAGAGGGGAAGGGUGCUGCGGCGCUGGCAUGAUGCGCUGUUGCCGGAGUUUAUUGACCUGGGGGAGGAGGCGCGGGAGUGGGAGAAGUUUAGGUGGAUAGCGCGCGAGUGCGAGCCUGCGUAUGUUGAGCCGCAUGGCCAUAUUAUGCUUCCCCGCGUGGCGGAUAUAAUGGCGUACGUGCGGGCGUUUGAGAUAAAUAAAGAGGAGGAAAUGAUGCUGAAGCUGGACGAGGUAUGUUCUACUGGUAUGGGUGAGCACCGCGACAUCGGGGGCUUAGCCAAGGACUUCUUCGGACAGCUGCUGCGGCACCACCAUGUCUUUGUGCACGCUGAGCUUGGGACGCUGGCGACGGUGGCCGUCAUGCUGGCGCUCCACUUGAAAGGCGUUGUUGGGAACUACGAGCUGUUGCUCGAAAAGUUCGAAGCCCCGCCACGCCCCGAAUGUCCUUUUUCGACUCUCUACGACAUAGCCCGUAACCGCAUCGUCGAACUCGCUGCGUUCUCCGUCCUCGACGACUUCCUCGCCAAAGCGCCAGUAAAGUAUCGGGCAGAGCAGCACGUCCGCAACGGCGAUGUCAAAACGGUGGCUCGCCGCGUAUGGACCAAGGCGGCCGAGCGAAGCUUAUUCGGCUGGAAGUAUCGCUGGACGGAGCGCGGAAGGAUUAUGGCUUCUUGCAUUCAGUUUGCCAUGAAGUGUUACCGCAUAAAGAUCGAAAUCGAUGAAGUGAUGGAGCGUUUGGGCGUAGCGAAGAACUUCAUUUCCGACACAGUUGUUCAAAACGCCUUAAAGCACUUCCUGGCCGGUAGUAUAGAUUAG